UUCUAUUUGCCCAGAGCUAUAUUUUGUUCAGAAACUCUGUCCUGAGAGGGGAUUAAAGAAGGCAUCCAGCAAGGACUGAACAAGGAAGGGAGGCAUCAGUGGAACAAGGGUAGUCUUCCGCUGCCUCCCAGAAGGAUGGAGGUGUACAACGUGUCUGUUCCCUUCAACUUCUCCCUGCCACCUAACUUCGGCAAGCGCCCCACGGACCUGGCACUGAGCAUCAUCCUGGUGUUCAUGCUGCUCAUCAUUAUGCUCUCUCUGGGCUGCACCAUGGAGUUCAGCAAGAUCAAGGCUCACUUGUUGAAGCCUAAGGGGCUGGCCAUUGCCAUGGUGGCCCAGUAUGGCAUUAUGCCCCUUACUGCUUUUGUGCUGGGGAAGGUCUUCCAGUUGAACAACAUUGAGGCACUGGCAAUCCUGAUUUGUGGCUGCUCACCUGGAGGGAACCUGUCCAACAUCUUCAGUCUGGCUGUGAAGGGGGACAUGAACCUCAGCAUCGUGAUGACCACCUGCUCCACCUUCUUUGCCCUGGGAAUGAUGCCUCUCCUCUUGUAUAUCUACUCCAAAGGGAUCUAUGAUGGCAGCCUGGAGGAUAAGGUGCCCUAUAAGGGCAUUAUGAUAUCAUUGGUCAUGGUUCUCAUCCCUUGCACCAUAGGAAUCAUCCUCAAAUCUAAACGGCCAAAAUAUGUACCUUACAUUAUGAAGGGAGGGAUGAUAAUCACUCUCUUAUUCAGCGUGGCAGUCACAGCCCUCUCCAUCAUCAACACAGGGAAGAGCAUCAUGUAUGCCAUGACACCACACCUGCUGACAGUCUCCUCCCUGAUGCCUUUUAUUGGCUUCCUGCUAGGCUACAUUCUUUCUGCUCUCUUCUGUCUCAAAGCAAGGUGCAGACGCACCAUCAGCAUGGAGACAGGAUUCCAAAACAUUCAACUCUGUUCCACCAUCCUCAACGUGACCUUUCCCCCUGAAGUCAUUGGGCCACUUUUCUUCUUUCCUCUCCUCUACAUGAUUUUCCAGCUUGGUGAAGGGCUUCUCUUCAUUAUUGUCUUCCGGUGCUACAAAAAAUUCAACCCUCCCAAGGAGAAAACAAAAAUGAUCUAUACAGCUGCCACAAAAGAUGCAAUUUCGAGAGCUCAGGAAAAUGGCGUCCACAAAGGGGAAGAGUGCUCCCCUUGCACAGCCUAGCCCUUCCGACAGCAGCCUGGAUUCUGG